UUCACCGAUUGUUGAUGACGAAGACAGACACAGCGCAGGUCAGUAGCUGAUCGGUGUACUGGGAGGAGGAGUGCCAGCCAAGAUAAAAUACCUUUCUCCGACGACCUGCUCUCAAAGUACAGAAGAACAAUACAAAAAAACGAAUGACGCGAAGGUUGUAUGAAAAGCCCGUGAACUAUACGCCAAUUGACGCUGGUUCAGGAACGUCUCUAACAUUGUUUUGAAGGCCUGUUGCUAGCUACGGGGGAUCCUCGGGCUAUCCCGGUAGACACCGGGCCGAGACCGCACUGGGGACCAGGACAGGAGCUCCGGGGGCUGCUUUGGUCGAGCAGCUUUUACUGACGUUGGCCGCCCUAUAUUUUAUCAAACGAAGACGUAACCUCUCCUGCUUCUCCCUGGCGGAUAUAAAUCAGCGUAACUCCAGACGCUCUCAGUUUGACAGCUAGCUAACAUUAGCUCAUCUGUGUUUACAAGCUAACUCAGCACAGACACUCUGGAGAAGUUGGCACCUAAGUAUAUUUGUUUCUGUUAGGAUUUGCAUAUGUGGGUGCAACCGCCUUUCUGCUAGCUGCUGGUGAUUUGUAACCUUGUUCUACUUCUAUCUACGCUGACUGAAGGUCGGCAGCCAGGCAGCUAGAUCAAAAGGUCUCCUCGCUAAGGUUAUCACACCUUAAAUCUUAUCUACUGCUGCCCAAAGUUUGUUUCCUUGUUUGAAUAGAAGGAAAAUACUUUGCUGAGUUGAUCAUCAAAGCUUCUUUAAUCAGUUGAAAGACAGUAUCCCGGAUGAAGGCACACAGAGAAGUGUGGAUUUUGAUGCUGUCAAGACCUACAGGUGUCACCUGUUCUUGGCAUUAUUAAUCUCACACUGGCAUCCAAAAUCUGCUCCACCAGAAGAGACUGAUCUGCUGCUUCGCUCUCUUGAGCUGGUUUGCUCAAGAAGGAUCCUCUUCAAAAACAAACCACAAUGAAUCGUUACCUGCCGGUGGCACGACAGCACUUCCUGGCUGCCCUUGCCAGCACCAGUGUGGUAGUAAAAAGUAUAAGUGCUGUGGUGGUUCUGCUCUAUCUGUUGUCAUGGGCUGUGGACACUUCAUACGCACUGGGGGUAACCCCGGGCUACCUCUUUCCACCCAACUUCUGGGUGUGGACACUGGUGACCCAUGGGGUGGUGGAGCAGCACAUCUGGGGUGUGGCGCUUAAUGUGGGGACAGUUAUGACCUGUGGUCGCCUGCUGGAGCCUCUGUGGGGUGCCCUGGAGCUCCUGAUCUUUUUUGCAGUAGUUAAUGUCUCUGCAGGCCUCCUCGCAGGCCUCUCCUACCUCCUCACCUAUGUUGCCACCUUUGACCUGGACUACCUGUUUGCUGUUCGGGCCUAUGGAGCAGCCGGGUUCCUGGGAGGUGUCCUGGUGGCGCUGAAGCAGACCAUGGGGGAUACUACAGUGCUCAGAGUGCCACAGGUGAGACUCAAAGCAGCGCCGGCUCUGGUCCUCCUCCUCCUGGCCUUACUGCGCCUGUCAGGGCUGCUCGACAGCUCUGCCCCCCUGGCUGCAUACAGUUUUGGCGCCCUGUCCGGCUGGGUCUACCUGCGCUUUUACCAAAGGCACAGCCGGGGACGCGGGGACAUGUCGGACCACUUUGCCUUUGCUAGUUUCUUCCCGGAGGCGCUGCAGCCAGCUGUGGGACUGCUGGCGGGGCUGGUCCACUCCGCUCUGGUGAAGCUGAAGGUGUGCAGGAAGAUGGUGAAGAGAUACGACGUGGGGGCGCCCUCCUCCAUCACUAUCAGCCUGCCAGGGACAGACCCACAAGAUGCAGAGAGGAGGAGACAACUGGCCCUCAAGGCUCUGAACGAGCGUCUCAAGCGUGUGGAGGACCAGUCAGCCUGGCCCAGCAUGGACGACGAUGAAGACGAUGAAGACGACGAGGUCAGAACGGACACGCAGCCGCUCCUCCCAGGUGGGCGUGACUCCUCCUCCACGCCGAGAGCAGCGGGGGGACCUGUCGGCGCCUCCCUCUCCUCCACCUCCUCAUCCUCAAUGUCACAGAGCAGUGGAGGGCCAUCCACGGGCGGAGCGCAACACCCCGAGUCCAGCAUUAUCAGCUUUGAAGAUGCACCUUCUAGAUCGUAACAAAUUGAACACACUCGUGUAAAAGUUACGCACGCUCUGUUCGGUGGCACUGGCAGGUAUACUCGGCGUCCCUGACUAGUAUACGAAUAUGUUCAGUGACAGUGAGUAUACACUCGAUAUCACACACGCCAACACACACAACUUGACCAGUUCAUACACACGACUGUGCGUUCACAAACACACUGUUGGUAACUGUACAGAGCUUUCAGUUCAGACAUGUUGGUUGUAAAUGCUCAGUGUAGUUGGGCAAACUGGACCCUUAAAUUCUUCUCUUUCUUCCUGCAUUCGAACGAAAGCCAACCAGAAAUUCUGUCUUGUCCGGACUUAAUCCGAACUCGCAGCGCUCGGUCCACUGCUUCAUGUCUCUUUCUCUUGCUUUCUAAAUAAAUAACUAAAUGGGU